AUGACAGAAAUCCCAACCUUCCAUAAUCUCUCCCUUGAGAGACAUGGGAACGUAUUCGUUCUGACCAUGCAGAAACCCCCGGAGAACCGGUUGAACUCAUCUUAUUGCCAGGAGAUGAUCCGGGCCUAUCGCACCGUAGAAAAAAUCCUUGGAUCCGACUCGGAAGGGGCCGUAAUUACGCGAGGCAAUGAUGCUAAAUUCUGGUGCACUGUACAUCAAAGUCCCCGAAACAAAACAACAUCGGAAGAACUAACAGAAUGCUCCCAGGGACUCGAGCUGGACGAAUCAGAUCACAACCCAUUUGCCAAUACAGACGGAUUCUAUCCACUCAUCCACACGAUCCUUGACUUCCCGUUCCCAACAAUCGCCCUCUUAACUGGGCACACUUUUGGCGGCGCAUGUCCACUAGCAUUGGCACACGACUACCGUGUCAUGAACUCCCGCCGCGGCUUUAUCUCCAUGCCCCCCGUGAACCUGGGUCUGCACUUUGACGGGAUUGGCUCGCUGCCUCGUUUGAAACUGCGUCCGCAGAUUGCCCGUAAGAUGCUGCUUGAGGCGCAUAAGUGGACUGGGCCUGAAGCACUGCAGGAUGGGAUUGUGGAUGUUGUUGCCGAGCCGGAGGAGAUGCUGAAUGUGGCUUUGGAAUUGGGGGCGAAGUGGGCGCCGAAAGCGAAGAUGGGGGUGUAUGCUUUGCUUCGUCAGGAGCUUUGGGGUGAUGCUAUUAAGAGGUUCCAGCGUAUUAGUUAUGUUCAUAGUCGGAUGACUUCGGCGCCUGCUAAGGUGAAGAUUUGA